AUGUGCAUCUACACCUACCACCACUACCCAGCCUGUGGACACAUGUCCAACUGGAGCGUCACCAGCUGCCUCGAAUACACGAAUACACUGCGCCUACUGGCAGGCACUAACCAGACCGUGUCGUGCAAAGACAUCGAAACCAGCCACGACCUGCUCCCAUCCACACAGCCCAACCUCUGCGUGCAAUGCGAGUAUGAAUGGAGCGAAGCCGUAGUCCAGAAUGACCCGCAAGCCUUGACCACUCCCAAAUUCUUUCUGACCAUCGAGGGCCUGGGCGCAAAGAGUCCCCUCAUUGAACUUGAUGCCCGCAUGACCAUUGAUGUGAGGAACCCAACAGCAAGACAAACACAAACACAUACCACCGCACAAGUGACUGACGACGAUCAGUGUGAUAUUUUUGCAGAUCUCUCUCGGAGCACAUCAAACUCAUCGUCCCGCCGGCGCAGGUGCCGGCGCCGCUGUUCGUGUUGUGACACUCGUCGGGAUGUUCGUCGGGAUGCUCAUCGGAAUGCCCAACCGUCUACUUCCCGCGUCAGCACGAAUCGGGCCACCCAAACAGACCAAGAAGAGGAAGUGAGUUGUACCGGCGAUGAGACAAUCAUCCAAUUUUCUGACCUCUUGACUCAGUGUUUUGACGAAGACGAAGAAGAGGCUUCUCGCCCGGCUUCUGGUAAGGAGCUCGACACCACGUACCGGGGUUUUGAUGACCUGAUUGCUGAUAUCUACCAAGCUCUAGCGGAGGGCUUCACUCCUUCUCUCUCAACGGACUGUUCGCGCGUAGCUAGUCGGGGCUCUGCUAGCUCUGAGCAUACCGGGCAUUCUAACGAUAACUUCCAUCCGUCUGGGGAGAUGGAGGAUUUGUCAUUGGAUCUGUCAAGGGAUUUGCCAGGAGAGACAGCAGACCACCCGAACAUGAAAGACUCAGGGACCUGGUUCCCUCAUCUGAGCGAUGAAUCAUCGCCCGAGUUCAUGUCGUACAGUGCCUAUGACUGGAUUCCCAAUCUUGGUGUUGCGCCCACUUUCAUUGAAGAUGAGCAUCAAGUCGAAGACGAGGAUAGCGAAAGCGAAAUCCUAACAACGGCCCCUUCUAGCCCCAAUGGUUCCGAAAGCGCAGCUGUGCGUGUUCUCAAGCCUGUUACGGAGCGGCUGGGCACGCCGUAUUCGCGGCCCUAUCCUGUCUUCCGUGGGUUUAUCACAGCUCACUCUGAGGAAGAGGCAGAGAAGUUGGGGAUGAUGAUGCCUCGGCGCAUACACAGUCUCUACGCAAGCCACUAUAUUUGA